UAUUUUGUGUUCUCUAGACAGUAGGAGUUCAAAAGAUUUUCCAAGUUAUUCAAAUGACGAAUGUAAAGGAGAAUGUGAGUGACUUGAACAAAUCACUGCAACAUUUUGACUGGCCUGACUAUGCGGUCUUUGUCCUGAUGUUGGUCGGAUCAACGCUCAUUGGCAUUUAUUUCGGUUUCGUCAAAAAGAAGACUGAAAUUAAAUUACUGCGGUCCGAUCGUCGCGAAUCCGAAGUGGCACGUGAAUAUUUGAUGGGAGGAAGACAGCUGUCAAUGUUUCCCGUUGCCCUUUCGCUGGUGGCAAGCUGGAUAUCUGGAAUAUCCUUACUAGGGCUGGCAACUGAGAUUUAUUUGUAUGGAACCACUUACAUUUUCAAUAUUGUUAGUUUGAUCGUGGCUGGAAUAUUAAUUCGUUUCAUUCUGUUGCCCGUGUUCUAUAAUUUGCAGCUGACAUCGACGUAUGAAUAUCUCGAACGAAGAUUUGAUAAACGUGUACGUCUUUUCGGCUCCAUAUUAUAUACCAUUGCAACGUUAGCAUAUCUACCUAUUGUGAUAUAUGUGCCGGCGUUAUCCUUCAAUCAAGUAACUGGUGUAAAUAUUCAUGUCGUGACUCCGUUCGUAUGUGUGGUGUGCAUAUUUUAUACGUUGGUGGGUGGCAUCAAGGCCGUCGUUUGGACAGAUUCCGUACAAUUGAUUUUGAUGCUCUUCUCGAUGAUUGUAAUAAUCAUCAAAGGCACGAUCGAUGUUUCCGGAUUACAAACGGUGUGGGAUCGUAACCUGCAUGGCGAUAGGAUCAAUUUACCAGAAUUAACGACAGACCUAACUGAGAGAUAUUCGGUUGUGUCACUUCUCAUAGGCGGGGUGCCAUUUUACAUUUACACAUGUAGUAUGGGUCAGGAAAUGAUGCAGAGAUACAUUUCGCUACCGACUAUAAAAGAUGCGAACAGGGCACUGUUGAUCUUCAUCAUCCUAAUGUCAGCGUUGAUUCUAAUUUGCUGUUACAAUGGAUUGCUCAUUUAUGCUUGGUAUGCUGGAUGUGAUCCGCUUCAAACAAAAUUGAUCGGCGCACCAGACCAACUCCUUCCAUUGCUGCUGAUGAGUGUACUCGGCGAUUAUCCGGGAAUGCCUGGUUUGUUUAUUGCCGGAAUAUUUAGUGCAGCUUUAAGUACUCUGUCAACAUGUCUCAAUGCAAUGGCUGCCAUCGUGUUGGAAGAUUUUUGUAAACCAUUUGUUAAAGGGCCACUAAGUGAAAAGCAAACAGGCUACGUGAUGCGAGGAUCUGUACUGGUUGUUGGAAUCGUUUCUGUUGCUCUAGUGUUUAUAGUACAACAUAUGGGCACAGUGUUUCAAUUAGCUGUUAGUUUGAGCAGUGUGACUGGUGGUCCAAUUUUCGGUAUGUUUACAAUGGGUCUGAUUUGUCCGUGGGUGAAGAGGAGGGGAGCAUUUCUCGGUGGAGUAGUCUCACUAAUUGCGAUGGUUGUUCUUUUAAUCUACGCUCAACAUGACAUGGCCACAGGAGCUCUAAAGUAUGCAGUAAAACCAUUAUCGACCGAUGGAUGCAAUUACACAUUUCCGAAUGUCACUGAGCCGACAAAUUCAACCACCACUUCAGCGAACGAAGGAAGUAUGUUCCGAAUUCAUCAUAUGUCCUUUCUAUUCUAUCCCAUAUUUGGAGCGACAGUUGCAAUAAUUGUUGGCAGUUUAACGAGCUUGAUUUGCAGAGAAGAAGAGUGCGAUUUGAAUCCGAUGUUGUUUUCACCGUUCGUGCGAAAGUUUAUCAAUACACGCGUUUCGUCAUCACACACCGACCAACGGAACUGUGUCAGUCAUGUUUUUGAUGAGAAAGAUACGGAGUUAUGAAAAGUGUACUAUACCGCUUUGUCAUUUGAGUUGACUGAAAGAGAUGUCGACGAAUAUUUUCGUAUUUUUUGACGUCGAUCUAUGGCCUCUGUGAACUGAAAGCAAAAAAAAAUAUUCUGUGUACGAGUCUAGGCUAGCUAAUAGUGUGUAAGUAUAAGCAGCUGUUGAAUAAAAUUUCUGAAAAUACGUUUUUUUUGAUGUUCGAACCCUCCAAGACUGAAACGAAAGCAUCAUAAUAUCAGCAUUCAUUCAAAGCACAAAUUUUAGUAAAGCUGAACAGCAAAUGUAUUAUUUCCAUUUUCAUUUCUAUUUAACUUCAUUCUCUUUAUAUUUCCUAUAAGGUUUCAAUUUCGUAUUCUUUUGUACUAUCAAACAAUCGAAAGGCAAUAUGUUAAAAUGGUUUCAUCGAAUUUCGAAGAACAUAUCAAAUUUUAUUAA